GCCAUUGAAUCAGCGGCGAAGCCCAAACCCACUCAGUCGAGUGAAACUAAUUUCCCCUCUAGCAUACUCUCAGUUUUACCCGGAGCUGGACGAGGGAAACCUUUGAAGCAACCUGAUCCUGCAGCGCAAGUCAAGGAAGAAAACCGUCAUCUUCGGGUCCGGCAGCAGCCUUCCGGUUCUGUACCUGCCGCAGACCCAUCCCCAGCUCAGCCUAAGUUGAGCCAGGAAGAAGCUGUGAAGAGGGCAAUGGGAAUCCUUUCGCGUGGAGAUGAUGGCGAGGAUGCUAGUGGGAUGGUGAGAGCAAGAGCGGAAAGGGAUAGAGAAAGGGGAAUGGGAAGGGGAAGCGGAAGAGGGAGGGGACGGAGUAGAGGAGAGAGACGGAUUGUAAUGGACAGGUACUCUGAGGAAGCAGACGAUACAUAUGCCGGUGAAGAAGCAGAUGAAGAAAAGUUGAUACAAGAGAUUGGACGUAAAAACGUGAACAGAAUUGUUGAUGGGUUUUUGGACGCAAGCAGUAGGGUCGUGCAUUCGCCUUUGGAUGAUGCAUAUCUGGACGCCUUCCACGCUAAUUGCUUGUGUGAGCCAGAGUCUUUGAUGGGAGAUUUUGGCACAAACCCAGAUAUUGAUGAUAAACCGCCAAUUCCUCUUUGCGAUGCACUUGAGAAGGCAAAGCCCUUCCUGAUGGCAUAUGAAGGAAUUCAAAGUCAAGAAGAAUGGGAGGAAGCUGUCAAAGAAGUGAUGGAGAGGGUCCCGUUAUGGGAAAAGGUUAUUGAUCAGUGCUGUGGACCUGAUAGGAUUACAGCAAAGAAACAGCAAGAGGAGAUAGAAAGAGUUGCGAAAACUAUUCCUAACAGUGCGCCAGCUUCUGUGAAGCGAUUUGCUAAUCGUGCAGUUCUUUCCCUGCAGAGCAACCCUGGUUGGGGAUUUGACAAGAAAUUACAACUUAUAGAUAAGCUUGCCCGGGAGGUCUCUCAACAACACAGUUGAAGUUGGAAGGCUUGUUUCUGAUGAUGAUGUCAUGAUUACUGAGAUCUUUUUCUGGAAUCAAUAUAUGUUGAUUCAAUCUUCAUUUGAAAAAUAAUCUGAUAUGCAAAAUGUUUUUCAAAAAAUUUUUGGAGCUAUGUUCUAUAAUUGACUGUUGGAAUAAACUCCAUAAGCAGGU